GUAAAGGGGGCGGGAGACGGCCGUACUUCCGGUCUGGACCUAUAACUUUGCUGUCCACUUUUUAGGUCUUUUCUUUAAAACUGCGCGCAUUUGUGGGUUGUAUUAUCGAGGUGCCAUGGAGGGGUCGGAUGCAUACCUCAUACGACCCAAUUACCAACACAAAUUCAAGCCUGCUGUCGUGAAGGAAUGCAUUCAUGAAAUAGUGAAGGGACGCCUCGCCGAAGCGCUGUACGACCAAGAUGAAGUCUCCGAGCUGACACUCACGCUUGCAGACUGCGUUAAGGACAAAGUCAAGAAGUUGGGGUUUGAGAGGUACAAGUUUGUUGUGCAAGUGACCAUUGGAGAACAGCGUGGGCAAGGAGUCAAGAUGUCUUCAAGGUGUUUAUGGGAUGCUGAUACUGACAAUUAUGCAGAAUAUGUUUUCAUGAAUGACUCUUUGUUCUGUGCGGUGGCAGUCUUUGGGAGCUAUUUCUACUGAGGAGGCGGAGGGCAGCAGCUGAGCGCCCUCUUCGAUGGCUGGGACAUGUUCGGCGGAUGGAGGAUGGACGGCUUCCCAAGGACAUUAUGUAUGGACAACUAGCUGCUGGUUCCAGACGUGUUGGUCGUCCUUCCCUCCGAUUCAAGGACGCAUGCAAGAGAGAUCUGAAGGCAUGUAAUAUUCCUCUAGACAGCUGGGAGGCACAGGCCGAGAACCGAAAUGACUGGCGUCAAGCGGUUGGACGGGAUGUUGCAGAGGCUGAUUUGAGGAGAGGCCAGCUCGCAGAGGAUAAGAGAGACAGGAGGAAACGUACUGCAAGUACCAUUGCACAGCAGGAGCGGGACGAAGUCUCUACACAUGUUUGUGCAAAGUGCAACAGGGACUGUCACUCAAGAAUUGGAUUGUACAGCCGUGCUAGGCUGAAUGUACCGUAUCAACAAAACAUCAAGUUAGAAUGUGAAAAUUAUAAUUAAAUAAGUACAUUGUAUAA